CAAUAAUACUGUCGUGUAUCGUGGAUAUUUUUUACAUGUAGAAAACACUUUGUAUUUUCUCAUAACUUUCUUGAUGCUAGCAUGGGUGGUGAGAGUUGAUAUGUGGUGAUAUCAAGCGAUCAUAAGUUCAGUGGAGAUUAUGUUGAACUUGGCAAGUGUAGAUAUUACAAAGCAAGCAAUUAUUGAUCGCUUGUUGGAUGGAGUAAAGCAAUGUCAGGUACGAUUUGGUAGUACAACCGAAUUGGCUUCUGAGAAGGAUAGCAGAAUCUCUUGUCUUCGUGAGCAAUGGAACAUUGUUCUUCAAUUUGGCAUUAAAUCCACAAAAAAGAUAAAUUCUUUAAGGCAGGUGUUAAUGAGAUCUGAAGGUCAAUCUGUGUUCUGGCUAUUUAUCAAGGAACAUCUUAGCUCUAGUGAAAUAAAGACAUAUAAUUCUUUACAUAAUGUAAUGACAGAUGUUGGUAGAGCUCAAGCAUGGCUUAGGUCUAGUUUAAACGAGCAAUCACUGGAGAAAUAUCUUCAUAGCUUCAUUGGGCAUAAACAAUUGCUUUUUCAGUAUUAUGAGCAAGAUGCAUUAUUAUUGGAUGAUGAACGAUCUAGUAUGUUACCAAUGAUGGCUGCUGGCUUAAGUUCAAUUCUUUUUGCAAUUGACAUUGACAAAGCUGAGUUUAACUCUAUUACUGUACAGAUUCCAGGCAAUAUCAGCCAAGCAGUUUCUCGUCCAACAUCAAUAUGGGCUGUACCAUCACCAAUGUAUGCAACGUCAGGAGCUCCUGGUGAAGUUUGUUAAAUACAACAUUUUAAGAAAAUAAAGAUUUGAUCUGAAUUUCAUUUUUCUCUCCUGAUCAAAAAUAUCCCUUUUAUCCCUAAUUAUCCCUACCAUUCAUCUCAUAUAUUGCUAAUCUUAUCAUUCCUUAACCACACAUGUCAUUUAUUCCUUGUAAUCCCCCAACCUUGCGUUCUCCUUAAACUUUAUUAUCCCAUUAUUACAUGUCUUCAUUUAUCCCUUAACUAUACCUGUUGUUUAUUCAUCCCUUAUCAUCCCUUAACCGCGCGUCCUCAUUUAUUCUUUAUCAUACUUGAACAAUGCGUAGUCAUUUAUCCUCGCGCG